AUGAUUCGAAGCCAAUCGUAUUGUUUUCUUGGUAUUUUUCUUACCAUCUAUUUCUUUUUUUGCCUUCUUCCCUUACCAAACACCAUUGCUUCUCCCACACGGUUCCUGUGCCGCCCCGACCAAAGAGAUGCUCUUUUGGAGCUAAAAAAGGAGUUCCCGGUCCAUUCCAACGACAGCUAUCCUGUAACAACUGUUUCAUGGAACAAGAGCGUUGACUGCUGUUCUUGGGAUGGUGUCACAUGUGAUGCUAACUUGGGAAAUGUGAUAUCACUACAACUCAUUUCCCUUAGUACUGCAACCAACACCUCUUUGAAAUCCAGCAGUAGAAGUCUCUUAAAACUUCAACACCUUCGUGAGCUAAGGCUUUCAAAAUGCAAUCUCCAAGGGGAGAUUCCUUCUUCCAUUGGAAAUCUUUCUCAUCUCACAUAUCUUGAUCUUUCUUUCAAUCAAUUAGUUGGUGAAGUUCCGGCUUCAAUCGGUAACCUAAACCAACUAGGAUACAUGGAUCUUUCGUGUAAUGAUCUUAGAGGUAAUAUUCCUACUUCAUUUGCCAACUUAUCCAAGCUUUCUCAAUUGGAAAUCUUUGAAAAUCAAUUCACUGGUGGUUUAGUAGUAUUAGCCAAUUUAACCAACUUGUCCGAAAUAGACCUCAACUCAAAUCACGUCAAAUCCUCGUUUCCCUCAUUCUUGCUCAUGAUUUCUUCGUUAGUCGAGAUUCAUUUAGAUGAAAACCAAUUCGAGGGAACUCUUGAUUUUGGGAAUAUCUCUUCAUCAUCUAAGCUUGGAGUGUUAACUGUUGGCGACAACAAUUUUGAUGGGCUAGUUCCAGAAUCUAUAGGGAAAUUACACAAUCUCAAUUCUUUAGAUCUAAGCCAGAACAAUUUCAGAGGGAGAGUCCCUAGAUCUAUAUGGAAACUACGACAUCUCAAUUCUUUAGAUCUUAGCCAUAACAAUUUCAUAGGGAGAGUUCCUAGAUCAAUAUCUAAAUUAGUCAACCUCAAUUCCAUUUAUCUUUCCUAUAACAAGUUUGAAGGUCAAAUACCUCAUCUUCAUCAAUGA